ACAAGUCUAGCCAACAUCAUGUACGAUUUACAGCAACGCGCCAACGCCGUUCUUUCUUUUGCUGUCACGGCGUUUGCUUGUUUCUUGGGUGUUGUGUCUUUACUGUCGGUCAUCAAUGGAUACGGUCAAGUAGAUGGAACCAUCACUGUAGACACCAAUGUAGUACGAGUUGUGAAUCGCCGUUAUGGUCCUGAGCAUUAUGAUUAUAGAAACACAAAGAGUGAAUUUGCUCGAUUGGCCUUUGAUAUUGAUGCUGAUUUUACACCUCUUUUUAACUGGAACACCAAACAGAUCUUUGUUACUGUUGUAGCUGAAUAUGAAUCUGCAUCGCAUAGCAGAAAUGCGGUUGUUCUUUGGGAUAGAAUUAUUAGUCGCAAAGACGAUGCAAAAUUGCUUCUCGAAAAUGUACCUAAUAAGUAUGCUCUUAUUGAUGUCAGCCAAAAAUGGAGUCAUCAACAAGCAAACUUGUCUCUACAGUGGGAUAUCACUCCUCAUGUAGGUAUUCUCAAGGCAGGAAGAUCCGCUACAACAUCAGGAAAUUUCGUACUUUCGCCUGUUCAGGAAAAGUCGAAACAUUAAAAUUACACCCACCCACCCAUGGUACACCAACAUACAUACAUGCAUAUGUAAAAGCGUUUUCCUUUUGUCAGCAUCUUAUACACACUUAUGUUUAUAUGUAUACAAAAACAAUCUCUAUUGAUAGCCCUUGCUUGCUUGCUUUAUUUCUUUAAUUUAUAUAUGGGAAAAAAUGCUAAUAGAUUGUGGUUGUGGUUGUGGUUGUGGAUUUU